AUGGCUGAAGUGGCUGGAGGGGGUGGAGGCGGUGGGCCUCCGCGCCCGGCGACGGGGCAGGCCGCGAAACCUGGAGGACAAAAAGUUCAGGGCGCCGGAGACAACACUAUGGUUUAUCUCAUAUGCUGCAGAAACUUUUGGACAGAUAUCCUGAGAGUCACCAUCAUCUCCUAUUUCUUCUGGGUUGGGCUUAUUUAUCUGGUCGGCGCCGUCGUCAUUGUCACAGGUUUCCAGUAUACUGCGCCGCGGGUGGACACCGAGAUAGCUUGUCCUAUGAAGCCGAGCGUCUAUCUUUUCAGCGGCGCGUGGUUCCUCCAAAGCCUCAUUCUCUUCUUCACCUGUUGGGGCUACUCGACAAUAAGUGCUUCCACCUCGAAUGCGACGGUUUCAGGGCCUGCCCCGCAUGACCCCAGCGAGGCGGACGGCUUGCGGUUCGACCGGCUGACGACGGGGUUGUCUGUCCUGGGCGUGUUUGUGAAGACGGUCCCUACGUGGAUUCGCCUCUUCCAUGUUUUCAACAUGUGUCAAGCCGUCGUCUGGAUACUGGAUCUCCUCCUGCUUCCGGAAUGCAACGAAGCAGGCCUGCGUUGGAUCGUCGCGAUCGCUCUCGUCUUCUGGUGGAUUGUUGUUGGCGUGGGCGUGCUGGCAAAACGAAGAAUCUUUGUGCCGCCUGCCCUCUACGACCCCAUCCGCCCUGGACAGGGCGCUCUGCGGUCGCUCCGGCAUUUGCUCCGAGGAUUUGGCCCGUAG